CGCAUGAGAAUUCUAAAAACUCACCAUCUUGUCUUCAAGGUCAUGAUCAUAUUUCUCUCAUAUAUUUGCUUAUCCGCUAAAAUGAAUAACUGUAUCUCUCUCUAAGUACUUACAUCUCUCUCUCUCUCUCUCUCUCUCUCUCUCUCUCUCUCUCUCUCUCUCUCUCGUAUUUGACCUUUACGAACUCCCAAACCAGCAAAAUUUUAAUAGAGGUGAGAUUCAAAAUUGCCACCUUCUUCGUCUCUCCUAAAGUCAUGGCAUUUCAAUCCGAAUGUUCCUCUUCCACACUUCUUGAUUUAUGUACGCAAAGUCUAUCUUCUCCUUAAUUAUCCUUUUUUAUUGUUUACCUCCUCUUCCAACACUCCUUGAUGGAUAAAAUUCCAUAUUCUUUUUCUCUUAUUUUCCUUUCGAGUUAAAAUUAGUUGAUACCUACAUAGCAAACGUCAAACCCAGUAUCAGCAUAAGACGAUGGCCCCGGCCCACAACCUCCUCCGUCGGCAAUACAACAGCUAUGGAAAUUGUUUUAGCAUCACCAACUUUGAAUUCAAUCUCAAUCAAGAAAAAGCUUCACUGGAAUCAAGUUUCAUGGCUGAGGAAGAAGAAGGAGAUGAUUCAUUUAAAGGGUGGCUCCAAUUAGGCAUCGGCAUAGCGGACCCCACCGCCAGUUCAAGCACUACCCACGAAAAUGCAAGAGUGAGAUCAUUAAUGGAGCUCAAUCUGUUCCCAGAGAGACCACAAUUGCCAAUGAUGACUAAUACUACUACAAACCCUAGCAGUGGUCAUCCAUUGAUCACUCAGUUUGGGCCUCCAUCGACCAAUUUGGGCCAGGUUUUUGGCCCGCAGACUGAGCUUGGGGUGAUCAGCCCGCCUGCGAGAGCACCAACCGGGCUUUGGUUCGAGCUCAAGGCAGCAGAAAACCAAGGAAAGCAGCCCUUUUUGCCUCAGAUUCCAAAGAGCUACUUGAGGAUUAAGGAUGGGAGGAUGACAAUUAGGUUACUAAUGAAAUACUUGGCUAGGAAGCUGGAAUUGGAUGAUGAAUCACAGGUUGAAAUUACUUGUAGAGGCCAACAGCUUCACUCUUUAUUGACACUGCAACACAUUAGGGACGACAUAUGGUGCCCGAUGCCCACAUUUACGAUUACGCCCCUGAACCGGGCGAUUACCACCGACCGAGUGAUGAUUUUGCACUACAGUAGAAGAGCUUAAGAGGGUGCAGGAAUCUGUGUGUUCUUGAGGCACUGGAUGACGCUUUUUGACCAAAAGGCUCUUUUUUCUUGUUUUCCGCUGACUCUUUUUUUUUUUCCCUUGUUUUCAAAUUCUGGUCUAUCGAAAGCCAUGAUCAAGGAAUUAGAGGCAACUCUAACGUACAAGGAAUAUCCAUUGAGCAACGCAAAAAAGUAAUGAGAAUACUGGAUACAGGAGUAGUAGUAUCUUCUGCCUUGUUACUUCAGAAAGAUGUACGACUAGUUGCCAGUUUAUUGUCCCGUUGCUCGUAACUAGUACCAAGUUCCAACAAAGUGUCAAGGUGAUGAGUAACCUGUCACGCAGAUAUUUGCACUGGUCUGAAGAACUAAAUGGUAAAAAUGUACAAUUUUACACCCACAUCAGAGUAAAUUUGUAUGGACU